GCUUUCUUUUCUAUAGUCGCAGGAGCUUCUCUUACAUUUCAUACGAUUUUGAAUCGAUUUUGAAUCUCUAUCCUUAUGUUAAUGUUGCGUAUUUUGUGGAAGCUUCGUUGUCCUUUGGAUGCAGUCGCUUUAUUUCGGGGUUUGCGGUUACUGGUCUUUUCUGGUCUCAGCGGCUUCCCGUACGAAGCUCCGUUGCCGUGGUUACAGCGUUCGAAAGCGGUUAGGUUCAUAACGGCUAAUUUUAGCGCCGCAAAGUUGGUGUAAAAAGCAAAGGAGUUGGAGGAAAAUGGCCUCUUUUAUGGUUCCCGAGUUCCCCGCCGUUGUGGCGGCGCUGGAGCGUCUGAAGGACCUGGAGAGAGAACUUAGAGAGGACAAACUCCGGUUCUCAGACGAAGGAUGCGUCCACCUCACGGCCAUUGCAGAAGCCGUAGCCGAGUUAGAGGCCACAAGGCGAGCUGUUCGUGAGCUCUUGGAAGUGGAGACCAUAGAAAACUGCAAGCUUAGAUAUACGAUUCUAAACAUGACUGAUUGUUUGAGGGAUGAAAUCCUGAGAGACAAAGCAGCAGCCCGGGCUGUUAACGCCGAGGAGAUAGAGCAGCUCCACAGAGAGCUCAGGCUAUCCUUUCAGACCGUACGGGAGAAAGAAAAUAAGCUGCAGGAGCAGUUAGAAAAACACGAAUUGAUUCAGGGAGAGAGAGAUCGGGUGAGGGAUGAACACAAGGAGCUGAUCGCCUCUCUGAAUGUUCUGGUCAGUCUCAGAUACAGCAGGCAGCAGCAUCUGGACGAGACGCUGGAGCAGACAGAGCAGUUGAGAAACUCCAUCGUUGUUGUUGAGCAGCAGAAAUUGUCCUUCAAGCAAAGCGUGGCUUUGGAAAGGGAGAGGUUCUCUGAUGAAAAGAAGAACCUGGACAAAAAGAUGGCCGACAGGAUGGAACAGGUUAAGCAGGAGAGGAAGGUGGUUGAGAAGAUUGGAUUGGAAUUAAAGGAGCUUAAAGAGAAUAAAAGGGAAAUGGAAAGCAAAAUAGAAAAGCUCUUUCAGCAGACAACUGAAGUGCAGGACAAUUUGGAAAGUUUGAAGGUGUCCUACUUUAGUUGUGAACAACAACUACAGGAAGAAAUGGUGAAGAACAAAGAGCUGAACCAACAGAUAGAGACGCAGGAGAAGCACAGCGAAAUGCAAGAGGAAGUCUUCAAUGUCACCGUCAAAAAUCUGCAAAAGGAAACCAUUGAAGUGGAAGACGGCCUAGAGGAUGCUCUGGCUGCCCAGGUGCUCCUCAAAGAAUCGCUGGCCUACCAUUCUAAACUGUGCAAGCGUCAGCUUGGAGUGGAGGAGGAGGUCGCGGCCGACCAUCAGUGGGUCUCCACGGAGCUGGAGCGCUCCCGGGUGCAGCUGGAGGAGCGCAUUGCCUCCAUCGUCAAGCAGAACAAGGAUAUCAUGGAGAUGGAGAAGAUAAUGCAAGAGCUCCUGGAGGACGAGCAGAUCAGCAGACGCAUUGCUGAAUCCAGAAAGAAAGAGCUGAUUGUCGAUCUGGAUGAGGUGAAAUUAAAAAUCAAGCACUUAGAAGAGAAAAUCAAGCGACUCAACAGGGUCCUGGAGACUAAGAAGAGAAAGCAGCAGAAUUAUGAGGAGAAAAUGACAUCCAGUAUACACAAAAACAAAAAGAGAUAUGAGGCGCUGUUGCAGGAGCGGGCUGCGCUGCUUGAGCGGCAUCCUGACAGCGAAAAUUUUGACUUGAUGCUCCAUCAGAUGGCUCUACUGGAGAAGAAGAACAGAGAGACCCAAAGCCUCUGCCAGCAGGAAGUGGAUCAGAUCAUCGCGGGGACGGAGAAGAUCAAUAGGAGCAUCGAGGAGAAGGAGAGGGAGCAGGAGGAGCUAAUGAAGACGCUGAAAGAGGUGGAGACAAAGUGGAGAGAGGAGAAAUUGAAGAACGACAAGAUUCGCGAGCAGAAAGACGCGCUGACUAAGAGGAAGUCCGAGCUGGAGCAGUCCAUCCAGGACAUGACGGAGCACACCAGAAAGCUGCUGGCGCCCAGAGAUGAGAUGAAGGCCGAGCUGGGGGAGCUGCACGAGUCUCACAUCAACAUGGUGAACAAACAGAACUCAGUCCUGAGAGAAAUGGAGGUGAACAUGUACGGGCUCAGUCUGAUUUUGGGGCAGAUCAAAAAAGAGAACAGCAGGCUGCAACUCUCCAUCAGACAGAUGAUGGAGGACAUCAGCACCAGCAGGCAGGAGAAAGAGAGGUACCAGCAGGAGGUCCAGGAGUUCAGCAACAAAACAAAGGCCCUUUUCAAAGAGAUACAGGAAGGAUUUAGACAAGAUAACUCUGUGAUUAAAGGCAUCAAGAAGAGUGACAACAAACUGCUGUCGUUAAUGGGCUCGGGGUUGAAAGAGCUGAAGAACAGGAACCUGCAGCUGAUGAGCAUCAACACGCUGCUGCACCAAGCGAUGCUGGAGUUUAGCAAACGACUGGGAGAUAAAGCAAUAGAGCGGUGGCAGCAAUAACAGAUUGUGCACCAUACAUCUUCACGCAUCACAAGACAAACCUGCCUACACUAUCAGUACAGGAGACGAUCAAUAAACGAGAAUAUAAACAAUGAUAAAAA